UGCAUGACUUCAUCCUUCCGCCCGGGUUUCCUCCCCGCCGCCGCCGCCGCCGCCGCAGACCGGCUCCCGGCUCGGCGCGGCGCGGCUCGGCCCGCUCGGCCCCCGCCAUGUCGCAGGUGCUGCCCUACGGCGAGGACAAGGUGGGCCGCUACGGCGCCGAGCCCGAGGCGGGGGAGCUGCCCUUCAGCUGCCGCCUCCAGGACACCAACGCCUUCUUCGGGGGCAACCAGGGCAAGCGGCCCCCCAAGCUGGGACAGAUCGGCCGCGCCAAGAGAGUGGUGAUCGAGGAUGACCGGAUAGACGAGGUGCUCAAGGGCAUGACGGAGAAGUCGCCGCCGGGGGUGUGAGCCGGGACCCGCCGCCAGGACCCGCAGCCCGAGCCCCGCUCCCAGCCCGCCCGGCCCUGCAUGCUGGCUGGACCGCCGACGAGGAGAUGGGGGGGGGGGCCAAGCCCGUGCCCCCCCCUACCCCAGCCCGGGGGGAGGGAGGUGGGAGGGGGGGGGGGAAAGGCUCCGCGCCCACCCCCACCCCCCCCCCCCCCCCCGAGCCAUGCACUUUACCCCUCCGCCUCCCCCGGGGCUGGGACAACCCGCCGAGCCCCCCCCCUCCCCACCACGCUGGGCAAAGACCCCCCCUCUCCCCCUUGGAGGGAGGGGGGGGAAGCCCCCCGCUCUGCGGCGCAUCCCCCCCCCCCCCCCCCCAUCCUCCUUGGUGGGGGGGGUGUCCCCGAAUGGCGAGGCGGAUCGGGCCCCACGAGCGGGGGGGGGGGGGAGCGCUGCUGCCCAGAGACAUUUUUUGCUCCAUCGUUUUUUGCAUGAGCUUGGUGGCCCGAGCGCCCGGUCCUGGGGCCGAGGGUCAGCCCCACCACUCCGGCACGCUUCUUUUUAAACAGAAACUCCUCAUAUUUGUAUUUUUAUAUCCGAAUCUUUGUUAAAAACGAUCUGCUGACGUUGAGAUGUCGAAGUAACCGCAUCGGGAAAACAAACAAACAAAACAAAACAAAAAAAAAAAAAUGGUUCAUAUUUUUUUCCAUAAGAAAAAAAAAGACAAAAAAAGAAAAAAACGAGGGGGAAAAAAAUAAAGGGGGGGGUGAGAGUGAUGGAGGGAGCGUGAGGAAAGCCAAAGGUGCGGGGAGGGGAGCGGGGACCCCCGGCCUGACCCCCCCCCCCCCCCCCCCACCGGCAGCGGGACCGGCCGGAGGGGAUUUUGGCAGCACCAUCGGCCGCCGCAGUCGCCUCCCGGCAGCACCGGGGCCGAGCCCACCGGGGCUGAGCCCACCGGGGCUGAGCCCACCGGGGCCGGCUGCGGGUGCCAGGGGGUCCCUGUGCUGCCCCUUGCUCGGGGGUGGUGGGGCCGGGGGGGGAGUGGGGAGGGCAGGGACCGGCCUGAGUUGUUGUUUUUAAUUUUGUACUUUAAUUUAAUUUUAUUUUUUAAGAAGCUUCUCGGGGGGGUCUGAUGUGCAUGAGAAACUCGUCAUCUUUUUCAAUAACCUACGAGUGGCAUUUAUGGAGACGACGACGCAAAAAAAGAAAAAAAACACAACAAAAAAUACCAAACAAAAAACAAAACCGAAAAAAAAAAAAAAACACAAAAAAAAAAGAAAAAAGAAAAAAAAAAAGAUACUUGUGUCAUGAUGUUCUACAAAUGAUCCAUUGUAAAUUUAAAUGCCAUUUUUCACUGUACUGGUGAACAAAAUGCAAUGAAUAAAAUACAUUCAUGUAUCAAGGCGA